CUUGCAUCAUAAGAAUCUCGACAAUCACAACAUCAAAUCGCAACCUAUUUCCUGACACAUCAUCUGCAUACUUCCUUACCUACAACAACAAAACUACCUUGACCGAGAUUUCCAGACUCGACACAUAUCAAAGACGGUUGAAACUAGCUAAAGCUGACCCCGCUAUCACUAUGAGCUUCGGCUUCAUCCACAGCGCACUCGAUCGAGUCCGUGAGUGGGCACCCGUGUCGCAUACCUCGACUUUCCGUCAAAAUGGACAGAUCACACCAGAAGAGUUUGUCGCAGCUGGCGAUUACUUGGUCUACAAGUUCCCAACCUGGUCUUGGGCUGAUGCAUCACCGCCUAGCAAGCGGUUGAGUUAUCUGCCUGAAGGCAAGCAGUUCUUGGUUACUCGAGGUGUGCCAUGCCAUCGCAGACUCGACGAUAACUUCGCUGGUGAUGCUGGGCAUGAUGAGACGAUGGUCGGAGACGGAGAGGACUUUAAGGGCGAAGGAACGCAUUCACCUGGGGAUGACGAGGAUGGGUGGUUGAGAACUGGAGGUCUGGCAGCCAGUCAAGAGGCGAGAGUUCGCGAUGUGCGGACGGUCGAUGAACAUGGCAACAUGGGUGAGAGAGAGGAUGAUGAAGACGAGAUCCCGGACAUGGAAGAUGAGGAAGAUGAUGAAGCUAUCAUACCAGAAUCCAGAGCAGAUGGGUCUGAUUCACAACGACGAACGUAUACACUUUACAUCGCCUAUGCGCCCUACUAUCGUACUCCUCGCAUCUACCUCUCAGGCUAUCUUGCCAACUCGCAACCACUACCACCGCAGCUCAUGAUGGAGGAUAUCAUCGGUGACUACAAGGACAAGACCGUGACCAUCGAGGACUUUCCAUAUUUCGGUAACAACAUCAAGAUGGCAUCAGUGCAUCCUUGCAAACAUGCUAGUGUCAUGAAAGUCCUACUCGAUAGAGCAGAUGCAGCACUUAAGAUCCGCCGCGAGAAGCUGAAGCAAGGAAAGAUUGUAGCUGGAGCCAAGGACGCUGGGAUGGAAGGACUACUCGAUGACUUCAGCAAGACAAGCUUAGGAAGUGGAGAUAAGAAGGCCAUUCUGGAGGGUGCUAAAGCUGGAGGCAAUGGAAACGAUGAAUGGGAGGUUCUACAACACGAUGCUGAGGCUCAAGACGAGGAGGUGGCCAUUCGAGUAGACCAGUAUCUGGUUGUCUUCCUCAAGUUUAUAGCAAGUGUGACACCCGGCAUCGAGCAUGACUUCACAAUGGGCAUCUAAUUCUUCAUUUGGGUGGUCCUCUGCAGAUUGGUAUAGGCGUGGGCGAGUUAUAUCAGCCGUGUAUGUGGUGUUCGGAGUUUGGGCUAAGGGAUCAUAGGCAAGAUCAUAGAAUGGAUGACGAAUUUGGACAUAAAUCAUGAUCUUCAGACUUUUUCCGACUUCACAAUUUCAUUUCAUGUCUUUUGAGCAACUAUCCCGUUGCAAGUUGAAAGUGCUUGGUGCCACUGUAUCAAAGUUCGAGCUCCCCUUUUCCAGCCUGCCAGCUAGACCUUGCCUGUCAGAAUAUGGGAACCGGAAAAAAAGGCCCUGGG